AUGCCCUGCCCGACCGGCGACGCUGCCGGGCGUGGCGGCAGCGGAAACGACAGCGAAUGGACGUGGGCGCCCGAACUCGGCGUGUACCACCACAACGCCUCGGGGAUGUACGCGCUCCCCCAAGGAGAUGGGUGGCGGUACCUGACCUCGGAGGAGCUCGCCGCGCACACCGGGACGAGCGGCGCAAAGAACGACAACUACGAGCCGGAAGAAGGCGAGAUUGAAGACGAUGUGGGCUGGGGUGCGCUCAUGGACCCGGAGAAGCUGGCGCGGAUCGAGUCGACCAAGAACCCAGUGUACAUUGCCUCUCCCCAACGCCGAGAUCCGUACGGCCGCGAAACAUACUCUGACGGCACGCCUACCGCCGGCGAUCCGCUCCUGGCGCACGAAGAAGGUGACGACGCGAACCAUCUCCUCCGGCUCGUGGUCAAGCGCUCCCAAGUGCUCGAAGUGGGGAGUGUGGCCGUCCUCGACGCGCGCAAGGAUGGCACGCAACUCGGCCGCGACCGCGGCGCCGAGGCGAGAGUGCGCAUCAAGGAGAUGGAGGUCAGCAAGACGCACGCGGUCGUGUUCUAUCAGGCCCCGUCUGCUCCCCGUUCUCCUCGGCGCUCCUCCCGCUCGCCAUCACCAACCCCCGCCCCGCCGAAAGAAGGAGACAGCGGGUGGUACGUCUCCGACCUAGGCAGCACGCUGGGGACCUACGUCGCGCACCCAGGCGAAGCGGACGCGACGCGCCUCUCGGAGCCCAAGUGCGCCUCACCCCCCUACGCCCUCAAGCACGGGGACAAGCUGACAGUGGGGCGGACGACGUUCGCAGUCCACAUCCAUCAGGACUGGCCGUGCGGCUCGUGCCAGCUGAGCGGCAACGCGCAAAUCGACCUGGAGGAGGGUCGUUUGCGUCCUUGUCCCAAAUCGGCCACUAUUCCCGAGGUCAGCUCCUUUGAGCUGGACACGUUUGCGAUGAGCGGCAACGGCACGCGCAAGGGCAGACAGGCCCUGAAGCGGCGCCGGGAGAUGGAUGCGCUCCGCGACAACUUGCUCGGCGAGGAUGAGCCCGCACCCAAGAUUCGGGCCGCUGCGGCGGGGUAUGUGGACCGCUCGGCGGAGAGGAGGCGACUGCACCCGCCCUCGCCUCCACGACGGAGAGACGUCGAGGAGGCGCGACCAGUAGUAGCAGCGGGACCGACGGGACCGACGGGACCCUCCGAGGCCGCGCGCAAACUGCUCGCGAAACAGGGCUGGAGCGAGGGCCAAGGUCUCGGACGCACGCCGGGGCGCGCUGACCCAAUCGUUCCCGUCGUCCGGGCCGAGAGGGCCGGCCUGGGCGUAAGGGGCCAGGUGGCUGAUCAACCGGGGCAGGGAGGGGACUGGAGGCAGAGGGGGAGACAGAGGCGCUGGGACGAGGUUUCUGGCAAGUAA